AUGACAGAAAUUGGUGGAUCAGUUGCAAGAAGUCGGUCGAUAAAACCGGUCGUUUGUGGUGACAUGGCUUCCGUCUAUCUUCUGAACGGUCAAACCGAGUUGGACGCGGAUCGAUCCGAAGCCUCCGUAUACUACGACGCUGGACCGGUUGGUGGAGAGUCUGAUACCUUUUCGGAAGCCAGUGUGUACCACGAGUACCCAAACACGGACACCAAGGCCGAAGAGUAUCGUCAAGCCCUGGAAUCCGUCUACUUUUACGACAACAACUUCGUCAGCCAGAAAUACGGUGUCGCCUACAAACCACCGCCAGCUUCUGCUGAAACAGCUCAGAAGAAGCUCACGAACGUGGAGAAGAAGCAGCUGGACCCGGAUGACGACGCCGCAUCGUUCUACGUUUCUGCCAUUACAACGAGUGCUAGCUUCGGCCGUGGGUAUGGCAGUGAAGAGGUUAGUUUGCCAAUAAAGUUGUUAUAUUACACAAAAAUCUAAUUUAUUUUCAUAUGAUACUGAAGAUGUUUUUUUUUAAACAUCAAUAUUUUGCAGAGAAGACCAUUUUAAGAAAAUUUACGUAUAAAUAGUAUAUAAUCAAUGUAAAAACGCCAUUAUUAAACCUACUGUUUUCAGAACUUCGUAGCACCCAGUUACCAUCAACCAGACUUCGAGCACGUCGAUGCUGUAUCUCGGAGAUUCGCCCAGUUCGACGAUAGCCACAGCUCUCAGUAUCGCUUCUGA